UGUUUGAAAAUGAGAAUUAUAAUCUUGGCACUUUGUACGAUCGGGGCAGCUUUUGCACACGAAGAGCUUUUAUCCAGAGAAAAUGAACCAGAUCCCAGAGAAUACAUGCCCUUCAAGAUGCCAGCGAUGAUAAAACACGUGUGUGAGAGCAUGAGAUGGUUCCUAGAGCAACAACGGGAGAGCAGACCCAGAAACGCUUUACAGCUAUCUCAGUUGUUUGUUGAGGAAUUUGAUAGCAACGAAGACGGGUGUAUUUCUGGAAAUGAGAUAAGAGAUAUUGCAGCAAGAUUCAGAGGAAAUCUGGCAGGAUACCGGACAAUAUUCCAACAUGUACUAGAUGAGAACAAAAGUGGGUGUGUUGAAGCUGAGGAGCUCAACUCUCUUGUUCUAGAUUGCAUCAUGCCGUCCCAAGGAAGGAUGCGGGGGAUGCCCGCCAGCGAGAGAUACUCCAGCUCUUUUAACCGGGAGGAAAUGGCGAGGAUCUUGGAAGAGCCGAAACCAGUAGAAGAUGUUGUGGUAGGUGAGGAGGAGGAGACUGAGGUAACUUUGGAGACGAGCCAAGAGGAACAAGACACUAAGGACAGACGAGCUAUGUUGGAGGAAGCUAAUGUUUUAACCCCUGAAGCUUCAUUAAAUCCAGCUGUUAAAGAAAUGAUCUGCUCGAUGAUCCGACGUGAGCACGAGGAUGCGGAGUUCGGUCUCAGAACUUUGGCUGAAGUUGUAGACCUUGACGGAGUGGAAGGCCUUUCUUAUGAGGAGGUAUUUGAGUUCCUAUCAGCAAGUCGUAUCCCCCGAGUUGAAUCAGACGAUCUUGCUGCAAUGAUGGACAGUGACAGUGACAGUGUCGUGACAGUGGAAGAACUGAUGGAAUCACUUGAUAAUUGUCCUGUGAUGGAGGUGGUUGAUGUCCUUGUUGUUAAAACCAGGCCCAUCACCAACUUUGAAGACGUGGAGUGCCAGUCAAAAGAAGCUAUGUACAAGGAGCUGAGAACAAAAGCCAUGAAGUUUCUAGGGACUAGGAAGAUUAGAUUUGAAGAAGCUAAAGACGCCGCUGCUGAGCUGUACGCUUCGAUAUCUGGCGAUAUUGAAGAGGUGAUAGAACCAAAGGAUCUGGAUGUUCCCGUUGACUGUGUGAAGGAAGUGUGGCAGGAUAUUGAUACUGAUCUCAACGGGUUUCUGGAUUUAAUCGAAUUCAACAGAAUUGCACUGGAUAUAUUCGAGGAGUUCCUUCCAAAGCCAGUGAAGAAGACUAAACCUAUGGAAAUCGAAAGGGUACAAAUAGAAGACAUGGCUACCCCACUUGAGGACGUUCCGCGGAUCGAACUGGACACCAUUGCCCAGAUCGUCUACAAAAUCUGUAGGGAGGGAGGAGUGAGGAUUCCAGAAUCAGAUGUAGAGAGAGUAGUAGGGCUCCUUUUACAAGACGCCAGCAUAGCAACGCUCAUGGACAAAGUUCAGAGCGUGGGCAUGUUGACUGAGGAGGCUGAAAACACUCUGGCAAGCUUGGUUCGUCCUAUAGUAUAUCAACUUCUAUCAGAAUAAAAGACUACCCCCUUGAGACCUUGCCACAAAAACCGGCUGCAGAUUGAAGCAAUUUUGAAGUAAACGUUGGAAAACUUUUUGCAAUAGUGAAAACGAACUACGCGCUAUUAAUUAAACCCGUAAAUAUUUGACCCGUAAAUAUUUGAUCAAGAUUUGGUUAGGGGUCGUUCACAUAUUACGUAAUUGGCCGAGAGGGUAGGAGGGUUUCCAAAAAUUACGCUAGUGUAAUUUUGACAAUGACACAAUAACUAUGAUUACGUGUAAAACUGAUUACGGAGGGGGGAGGGGGCUCAAAAUUGUCCAAAAAGUGAUUACGUUAUAUGCACGAACGACCCCUUAUAUGUAGAGUUUGUGUAUUGCGAUUUUUAUUCUGUUAUAUAAGAUUUAUCAUUUAUAUCUAACCUAGUUUCGUUUAUUCUAAUAAUCAUAACUGAAACUUAGAACCGUUUUAUUUUUGUGAACAAUAAGUAAAUAGUAAGUAAGUAAGAACAACACGUUUUACCAUGUCAUUGUGAUCGUAACACUAUAACAUAAUAAUAUGUGAUACUAGUACUACUCUUUAAGACAAAAAUACCUCAUUUAAUUAAACCUAUUAAUGAAACCUCUUUAACCAAUUAAACCUAUUUAGUAUAUACAAAUUUCUGCGUUUUAUUGCCAAAUAUUAAAGUGUAAGCACUGUAAACGUAAUGUGUUUACUAUCCUACCAGUGAUUAUCAUUACCCAAUUUCAUAAUUUGGCAUUUCUAUUUGGCAUUGACGACGAGCAGCUUGGAAGUGCUUAACAUUGAAUGUUGCUGAGUUUUUUAAAGUCGAGUUCUAAACGUUUGAUCUUUAUGUUAUGUUAAAAUCAUUCAAGACAGCUUUAAGAUAUAUACGAGGUGACCUCGUUGAUAGAAGCUGUUGCUUAGCACCGAGGGACUCUCCUACAAAUCUUGAGGAAGACUGUGCUCACAUCUGUUUAGAGAAACUAUCUUUCAAUGGAGGUGUGUGCAGGAUCUUGUAUAAUG